UCACCUCCUCACCCACCCCAAUCCCACCUCCCCUCCCGGACAGGGCCGCAACAAAAGCAGCCUCCAGCGCUGCAUUCUUGUUUUGCCGCUGCGGUUUCGCUAUCUCCCCACCGCUUCCCGGCCACCUCAGACACCGAGCCGCCCCUCCCCCCUUCCCCCCACCCCAUAUGGCGCUGCCUUCCCGCCCCGUAGCCGUCCUCGCAUGGGGUUCGGGGGAAGACGGGCAGCUGGGCAUGGGCCGGUGCGACGAGAAGGACUGGGCCCGCUGCAUCGGCGCUCUGGAUGCGUACGCCGUCUCCGCCGUCGUAGCCGGCAGCCGCAACUCCCUCGCCAUAUGCGACGACGGCAGCCUCUUCACUUGGGGGUGGAAUCAGCGGGGAACGCUCGGGCACCCGCCGGAGACCAAGACAGAGAGCUCCCCGGCGCAUGUCGACGCCCUCAUCGGGGUCAAGAUCGUGCAGGCAGCGAUCGGCGGGUGGCAUUGCCUCGCGGUGGACGACAAGGGCCGGGCUUACGCUUGGGGGGGCAACGAAUAUGGGCAGUGCGGGGAGGAGCCUGAGAGGAAGGAAGAUGGCACAAGGGCACUCAGGAGGGACAUCCCCAUCCCACAGCGAUGCGCUCUCAAGCUCAAAGUUCGGCAAGUAGCUGCGGGGGGGACUCACUCAGUGGUUUUGACACAAGAAGGCCAUGUCUGGACAUGGGGACAACCGUGGCCUCCGGGUGAUAUCAAAAAAAUAUCUACGCCAGUACGUGUGCAAGGGCUUGAACAAGUGAGCAUGAUUGCUGUAGGGGCAUUCCAUAAUUUGGCACUGUCAGUAGACGGAAUCUUGUGGGCAUGGGGUAAUAAUGAAUAUGGCCAGCUGGGGAUUGGAGAUACCCAACCGAGAUCACAACCGAUCCGUGUUGAAGGGCUAUCUAACCUCUCAUUGGUUGACAUUGCUGCUGGAGGUUGGCAUUCAGCCGCAUUAACUAAAGAAGGAGAGGUAUAUGCUUGGGGAAGAGGAGAACAUGGGAGGCUCGGCUUUGGGGAUGACAAGAGCAGUCACAUGGUGCCGCUAAAGGUUCAGCUUCUAGCUGGAGAGGAUAUUGUUCAGGUAUCAUGUGGAGGGACCCAUUCGGUUGUGCUAACCAGUGAUGGCCGAAUAUUCUCUUAUGGGAGGGGCGAUCAUGGCCGUCUAGGCGACGGUAGGAAGGUGACUACGGGUCACCCAAUGGAAGUGCCCAUAAACUUGCCGCCACCAAAGACCAGCACCAGCUCCGAAGGGCUAUGGCAAGCGAACUACGUUGCCUGUGGCGGACGACACACACUCGCCAUCGUGACAUGGACCGAUGUGUAACAAGGCAUGAUCACUUGAGUGUAUGAAUUGAAAUUGUGGUAACAGUAAUGGAGAAUAAGAACUAGAAGUUGUGCACUUCAGGCUUCAAUUGAAUGUUCCGAUUAACAAAUUUUGUGCCGACUUUCCAA